AUGAAGUUAUCCAAAUCCUUCUCCUCCCUCUUCGGCGUCGACGCCUCCCUCGACCACAUCCACCCCUUCGAAACCUCCUGGCUCCUCUCCCCGCUCCCCUUCGCCCUCCUGCGCGGCCUCAUCGCCCUCUACAUCUUCGUCACCAUCUUCUUCAUCUGGGGCUGGUCCGGCUCCCACGGCGCAUCCCACGCCAUCGGCCAAUCCUUCAGCUACUUCACCUGGCUGACCUACUGGGGCCUCGGCUUCUACUAUCUCGCCGCUUGCAUUCACACCGCAUGCUACGCGCGCUCGGGGCGCAGCCUCCUCUUCGACCGUCUCCCGCGGCCCCUGCGCGCCCUGCACGCCCUCUUCUACACCACCGUCACCACCUUCCCGUUCCUGGUCACCAUUGUCUUCUGGGGGAUUCUGUUUAGUCCGCCGUGGUAUAAGUUGACUUUCUCCGCGUGGUCGAAUAUCUCCCAGCACGGUCUCAACUCCCUCUGGGCCCUGCUCGAAAUCAUCCUCCCCACCACCAACCCCCACCCGCUCGUGGCCUUUCCCUUCCUCGUGCUGAUCCUCCUGCUCUAUGUGUCGCUGGCCUACUUGACCUUCCACACGCAGGGUUUCUAUACGUAUUCGUUCCUCGACCCCGGCCCACAUGGCGAGCAUAAAGGUCUGGUCGCCGGGUACUGUUUUGGGAUCUUUGCGGCCAUCCUGGUGAUUUUUGGGCUGUCGUGGUGUGCGAUUUGGUUGAGGAGGAGGCUUACCGGGGGGAGGAUCAAGAGGUCUGUUUACGAUAAGGAAGAGAUGGUUGGGAGAGCGGAGAUGGCCCAUGUGGGUGUUUGA